AUGAGUGCACGAGGUACUCGCGGACGGGGUACUAGAGGCCGAGGUAGAGGCCGUAGAGGGGCUCUACCUGAGUCCUCUUCACUGGGAAGUAUGCCAAAUCUAGACACUAGCGAGACAUCGGUGUCGCCUGUCACUGAGACUGGGGGAAUUGCUGGAGUUGCCCCUAACGUGGCUGAAUAUUGGAUUAAGGCCACAGAAAGGAUCAUGGAUAACCUCAACUGCACCCCCAAACAUAAAUUAAAAGGAGUCGUGUCAUUGUUACGAGAUGAAGCCUAUCAAUGGUGGCUUACAGUUAAAGAGGGUUAUCAGGUUGACCGACUGACAUUUGAUAUCUACAAAACUGCUUUCCAAGAGAAGUAUGUGGGCGCUAGUUAUGUGGAUGCCCGGAGGAGGGAGGUUCUGAAUUUGACUCAGGGGUAUAAAUCAGUGGCUGACUAUGAAGCUAAAUUUUUACGAUUAAGCCGCUAUGCACGUAGGAUGGUGGCAACUGAUUAUGAACGGUGUGUUCAGUUCGAGGACGGCCUCAGGAAUAGUCUGAGAGUUUUGAUAGCUCCACAGAGGGAGCGAAAUUUUGCCACAUUGGUGGACAAGGCAAAGAUCGCCGAGGAGGUUAAGCGUAUUGAGCGUCUGAACAGAGAAAAGGGUAGGAAUAAGAGGGAUUCAGAGCCUUUGAGUUUUGCUCAGAAGCUGAAGAAAAAGGCUAGAGUGGAUGAGCUGGUUAGAGUUGGGGCCCCUAUUACAGCUAUUGGACCGAAGACAUGUGUUGACUGUGGUAGACACCAUCAGAACGAGUGUUGGAAAAGGAUUGAGGCAUGUUUAAGGUGUGGAUCAUUAGAGCACCGUAUCAGAGAUUGUCCAAGGAGGCUCGGGUAA